CGUGUACCUAGUACAUCUGUCACUGUAUCAAUUCAGACGCUGACUACAAUGCACGGCUCUCACGUGCAGACGCGCGAUUAUACAUGCCAGAGAAGCUGUUCCUUCCAUAUAUGCUGAUAUCGAAUGUCGAUUCUUCAAGUAUACCUUGUUCUAACUGCGAUUGUCCCUGCAACUACAGAAUUGGAGACCGGGCAACGUUCGAGACACGACUGUGAUAAUUACCGUAUGGUCUCGGCUGUUACCAACACGAAACAACACCAACGAGAAUACACAACAAGACAACAGCCCCAAAAUUAUUGAGCCAGGAGACUGCGGCAUUUGACGGUUGCCACAUUGGUAUCAAGCUCGAACGAACCUUCUGUCACUGUCAUCCAGGAUUGUACUUUAUUUGAGUAUACGGUGGCCGUUGAUGCUCGUCUGCCUGACCGUACUGGAGCCCUGUCCGUUGUCGAUUCGUCUUUCCACAAUCACGAUUAGAGGUAUGGUGUCGACGUCUACACCAACGGCACUAUCCCAUCGGUAUCAGUCCGCUUGUACUUCAUCACGUCACCGUUGAGGAUAACAACGUGAAGGGGCUACAGUCAUCGGAUCUAGGAGGUCUAGCUCAAUAUCAGCAAUGGAAGU